CACACCCUUGUCCCCUGAGUGCCUGCGCAACGGCGGUGAGCCACCUGUCCGUGUCAAUUUGAAUUCUCAACGAGUGCGCCAGUCACGUAAACGCUUGGUGCAGCGGUGUCUACCUGAACCUUGGUGUCUGUGUUUGCGUGUCUUCUUUGUGGCAUCACGCGUCAACUACACUGAAUGUUUUCUGCCACUGCAUGGAUCGCUGUGCUACACUCCACUGUGGCAAUGGCGGCGAGCUACGGCCCCGUCAUCGCGGGACCCCGCUUGGUUCCAGCCAGCGUCACGAGGAACCUGCGGAGCACCAGUUACACCGCUACGAGUGUCCUCCACGUGGCGGAGAGCACCCCAUCAGAGGUCACUGGGGUGAGCCGACGUAGCUCAGCACCGCGGAACCACGCCCCGGGAAGAAAAAGGCCCGGUGACGACUUCGGCGUCAGCUACGUCGGCAGCCCGCCAGACUCCGAGGAAACCGGCAUUUGGGCGGACAUGGUGGUGUCCAAGCUGCGCAUGCAGGCCAAACCCAGCCUGGGCGCCGAACCGCAGCCGGACAGGCGGCGCAGGCCACCGCCUGCCCCCGCCAGAAAGAGGCCCGUCUACGUGCCCCGGUUCACUACGGCGGCUGGCGGCACCGCCAGCAGCAACGGCAACGUCCGCAGAGGCAGAGGCAGCAACAGCCGGCCGGCGCGUGCCAAGCCGCCUCGCUACAUGUAUUGGAAGACCGUUUCGUACACGCCAUUCCCGUUCUACGGAUUUGGCUACGGACCGUAUGGCUUUGGAUACGGCUGGAAGCCGUACGGCCCGUGGGCGACAUACGGCUGAAAUCGAGCCGCCUGUUGCUGCCUUGCUAUUCUUGCCUGUUAGUGCGGUCUCUUUCCGUGGGCGACUUUGGGGACCCGAUCCGUCCUUCACAUUUCGUCACUUCUUCCUCUAGUGAACCCAUGCGGACCAGGACACGUGAAAAUGACGGAGCACACGUGCAUUACGCGGAACUGAAGCUCCCCGUUACUUGCUGGCUCACGCUUGAAGCAAGAGCGCGGGCUCCGUGUGAAUAAAUGACUACAGAGCAACCAGAUCAUUUGACAGGUAUACGUAGCCAAAGACCACCAAGAAGCAAGAAAGUGCUUUCAUGCUGAACACAAAAUAAGUUGACAAAGCAUUCUAACUCCAGGAAUUCGGACAUGACACCAAACUAUUUAUUUUUGCCGCUAUUUAGCGCUUGUUAGCAGACCUUCGACCUUAAUUGACAUUUUAUUGCCCCUAAACCUAUUGUUAUGUUGCCUGCUUUUGCGCCGCCAAUACUCCCAGCUGUCUUUUACUAUUCACUGCAGAUUCAAUAACCUUCCCGCUAUUAUUAUAAAGCCCAAGUCCUCAGGCUUCAGAAAGGAAGUCAUUAUUGACCUCUGCGAUAUGGGCCCAAAAUAUUCCUGACGGUUUGCGUGCUAUCCCCACAUGCUACGCAUACGUAAUCAUAUUCGGCAAAUUUUCUUCUGCAACAGGUGUUUGCACAUAUGGGGCGUUAUAACGUAAAACUAUUUCAAACUUUUCUAUUCCAAUUCUGCAAUCAGCCCCUCCACAAUUGAUCAAAACUAUUUUGGACCACCCCCACUUAACCUGUCUAUCACGCGACGUCACGAAAACCGUAAUAGCUCUCGAUCUGAUAUGACGUGUACACACUGAUUAUGCAUGAUUUGAUUGAACAAAAGAAAAAUUGUUAUUUCUGAUUAAACCCCUGUUCGCCAUUAGCCCUCGGCUAUUGGUCAUACGUUUUCGGGCUGCAACCACUUCACCUGCCUGUCAUGCGACGUCAGAAAACCGCAAAAACUCACCGCGUCGAAGUGACGUGUACGCGAUAAAGAUGCAUUAAUAUGCCGAACAAAACUGAAUUUUCUUCUGAAUAGACGCAGGCUGCCCCGUUCCGAAAGGAAUAAAAGAUGGCUGCCGCCGAUCGCUCAGAAACUGGCGACUCGCACCUGCCGGAGAGCAUUGGUUUAAUUGCGUAUAGUAAAACUUUUUUCGUGGCCGUGUAAUGUUUUCGAGCACUUUCGGCACGUUUAGGACCUCGUUCUGCCAAUUCUUCUUUGCUGAGGAUUCGUGUCACCGUCAUUCUUAUGCUUCCAUUGCAUGCCGCACAAAUUUCGACGAGCCGCCGCAGUCUAAGUAAGGGAAAGCGGACCAACCGCAGACGCCGGCACCAACCUCUUGAUCCGGUUAUCGAUUUUCAGUGCAGUGGCUCGGCCCCAUCAAAUCCCUAUCCACUUGAGCGCGCUCCCUGCCUCUUGUCAGCCAAUAAGACAAGCCGCUCAGUGGAGGCAACGUUAUUUGUUUUUCAAGCAAACAAAAAGUACCUCCUACGAACGAGGAGAGCGUUUGAUUAGUCUGUUCAGACAACCCUGCGGGUGACCGCCCGAUGCUUGCGUCGGCGGUUACGCAAAUUUGACGUCAGGAAUUUGGAAUAAAAACAUAUUGGAAUAGUUUUACGUUAUAGGACUCUAGCUGAAUUAGCUACGAACAGUUGUGAACUAUCUUUGAAUUACUGAAAAACUAUUUGUUUUACUUUAUUUUUUGCUGUUAGAUAUUUCCAUCACUGACUUCUACUCCAUUGCGCAUAUCGAGUAUGCAGUUUCUACCUCUUCAAAUUUACGUUUAACAUUCUGUUCCUUGUCAGUGUCUUGGUUACUGACCAGGAUCCUGCUUUUCUCUUUGUUUUUCUUCUAUGUGUGUACACAUUUUUUCUUUUAAAUAUAGCUCAAAAACCUUAGCUGUCC